AUGGCGGCUUUGCACCUGUCUGCCCUGCCCCAGGCUGAGGUGACCUUUGAGGACGUGGCCGUGCUAUUCUCCCGGGAGGAGUGGGGCCGUCUGAGCCCUGCUCAGAGGGGCCUCUACAGGGACGUGAUGCUGGAGACCUACAGGAAUCUGGUCUCCCUGGGAGCUGGACCUGCAGGUCCCAAGCCUGGGGUGAUCACACAGUUGGAGCGAGGGGAUGAGCCGUGGGUCCUGGAUGCACAGGGCGCCAAGGGGAAAGAGCGACUGAGAGUCAGUAUCUCAGGUCAUGGGACCAGGACUGAGUACAAGGAGUUGUCUUCAGGGGAGAUGCUUGACGGGGAAGAACUGGAUCAACUCCAGAGGGCUGUUCCCCAGGGACCUGAUCCUGGAGAGACCCAUGCAUGUGUCUGGGAGCCAGAGGAGAGCCUGGACAAGCUUGUGGAGCAGAGAGGCCUGAGGCCAGUCACAUUGACCAAUGAGGAUAGUGUCCAGGGGUCUGGGGGAAGCCUCAGGUUUCGGUCAAGCCCUAUCUCUGAUCAGAGACCUCACAAAUGCGAUAUAUGUGAACAAAGUUUUGAACAGAGAUCAUACCUUAAUAACCAUAAGCGAGUACACAGGUCAAAAAAGACAAAUACAGUCCAUGAUUCUGGGGAAUUCUUCAGUGCAAAUUUAGUUGUUAAAGACGAUCAGAAAAUUCCUCUUGGGAAAAAAUUGCAUUAUUGUGGUUACUGUGGGAAAGCCUUCAGGUACAGUGCUAACCUUGUCAAACACCAGCGGCUUCAUAGUGAAGAGAAGCCCUACAAGUGUGACGAGUGUGGGAAAGCCUUCAGCCAGAGCUGCGAGUUCAUCAAUCACCGAAGGAUGCACUCAGGGGAGAUCCCCUACCGAUGCGGUGAGUGCGGGAAGACAUUCAACCAGAGGCCCAACCUCAUGAAACAUCAGAGGAUUCACACCGGGGAGAAGCCCUAUAAGUGUGGUGAUUGUGGGAAACACUUCAGUGCCUAUUCGUCCCUUAUUUAUCACCAGAGAAUCCACACUGGAGAGAAACCCUAUAAGUGCAACGACUGUGGGAAAGCCUUCAGUGACGGCUCAAUCCUUAUCCGACAUCGUCGGACCCAUACUGGGGAGAAGCCAUUUGAGUGUAAAGAAUGUGGCAAAGGCUUUACCCAAAGUUCUAACCUUAUCCAACAUCAAAGAAUUCACACUGGGGAGAAACCCUAUAAAUGUAAUGAAUGUGAGAAAGCCUUCAUCCAAAAAACCAAACUUGUUGAACAUCAGAGAAGCCACACUGGAGAGAAGCCCUAUGAAUGUAAUGACUGUGGCAAAGUCUUCAGCCAGAGCACACACCUUAUCCAGCAUCAGAGGAUCCACACAGGAGAGAAGCCGUACAAGUGUAGUGAGUGUGGGAAAGCCUUCCACAACAGUUCCAGACUCAUCCACCACCAAAGGUCGCACCAUGGGGAGAAGCCGUACAAAUGCAGCGAUUGCAAGAAAGCCUUUAGCCAGGGUACUUACCUCAUCCAGCACCGGAGGAUCCACACUGGAGAGAAGCCCUACAAGUGUAGCAAGUGUGGGAAGGCCUUCCGGCACAGUUCCAACAUGUGCCAGCAUCAGAGGAUUCACCUCCGGGAAGACUUCUCAAGGUGA